GGAGGAGAACAAAUUCACCAUGUGGACUCUCUUGGUUCUUUGCAGUGUGAUCGCCUCGCAUGGAGUCCAAAGUGCUGGUCGCUUUCAAACAACAGAGGAAAUUAAUCCAACAACAGAUUAUCCAGUUGAUACAACGUAUGCAGAUGGUGUAACGGAUUCUGCUGUAGCAGGUGUACGCUGUGGUAGCCAGUUUUAUGGCAGCGGGGGCACGUUUUACAGCCCCAACUAUCCAGGCCUAUACCCGCCCAACGCAAACUGUAUUUGGAACAUCACACCAGGCAGUCAAAUCGUGCAGCUGGACUUCCCUAUUUUAAACAUUGAGGAUCACCCAACCUGUGGUUUUGACGCCAUUUACGUCUACGAUGGCCCCAGUACCAGUUACAGGCUUCUGGGGAAAGUGUGUGGCACAAACACAACCACCUUCCACUCCACUGGUACUUCUUUGACUGUGCGCUUCAAGAGUGAUGGUAGUGUUAGCCGCCCAGGUUUUCGUGCGGACUUCCAAGUUGUGACUGGAGGUUCCUGCAGAUACAACUGUGGCUACCAGGUUGGAAACUGCUCUUGCUCUUCAAGCUGUAGAGGGAACUGUUGUCCAGACUAUGAAGAUUACUGUUUAUCCACAUCUGAACCAACAGUAACCGCUCAGCCCUCAUGUCUUUACAACUGCGGCUGGUACCUAGGAAGCUGUUCCUGCACAAGCUCUUGUCAAUACUAUGGCAACUGUUGCCAUGACUACCACUAUUACUGCCCAACCACUACUGACAGUCCUCCCUCCACAGCUCAGCCCUCAUGUUAUAACAACUGCGGCUGGGACCUGGGAAGCUGCUCCUGCUCAAGCUCUUGUCAAUACUAUGGCAACUGUUGCUAUGACUACAACUCUACCUGCAUGUCAACCACUUCCAGUCCAACCACAGCUCAGCCCUCGUGUUAUAACAACUGCGGCAGGCACAUGGGAAGCUGCUCCUGCUCAAGCUCCUGUCAAUACAAUGGCAACUGUUGUUAUGACUACUACUCUUACUGCCCCUCAUACACCACAGAUCAGCCUUCAUGUCGUUACAACUGCGGCAGGCACAUGGGAAGCUGCUCCUGCUCAAGCUCCUGUCUAUACAAUGGAAACUGUUGCUAUGACUACUACUCUUACUGCCCCUCAACUACCACAGAUCAGCCUUCAUGUCGUUACAACUGCGGCAGGUACAUGGGAAGCUGCUCCUGCUCAAGCUCCUGUCAAUACAAUGGCAACUGUUGCUAUGACUACUACUCCUACUGUUCAGUCACAACUAACAUGCCAACCACAGUAAAACCCUGUGGAGGUUCUCUGUUUGGCUCUGGCACCUUCUCCAGCCCGAACCACCCCAACUACUACCACGACAAUGCCUACUGUGUCUGGCAGCUCAGUGCUCCGUAUGACCAAAGAAUCUUCCUGGCAUUUACCUACCUGCAAUUGGAGAACUGCUGCUCCUGUGACUAUAUUUCCAUCUACGAUGGGCCGUCUGUUAGCUCACGGUAUCUGGGGAAAGUGUGCAACAACAGUCUGAGUUCUUUCUACUCCACUUCCAACUACUUGACUGUGCUCUUCCGGACUGAUGGUUCUGUGGUUGGCCGAGGGUUCAAGGCUGACUUCAUAACCUCUCUGCCACCAAGCUCAGGUCGAGUGGACUGUUCCUCAGACAACAUGAUCAUUGUGAUCGAGAGGACUUACCUGAACUCCCUCGGAUAUGACGGCCACAGUCUGUACCUGAAUGACCCGCACUGCAGACCCCAGGUUUCCACAUAUCAGGUGGUCUUCAACUUCGCCAUUAACACUUGUGGCAAUAUUCGAAAGUUUGAGAGUGGCAGAGUUGUGUACACCAACACCCUCCGUGCCUACGCCUCCAGCUCCGGGGAGAUCACACGCCAGUCUCACUUUAAGAUGAACGUGGGCUGUCGAAUGGAGCAGGACUCAGUGGCCCAGAUCAUGUACGUUGUCGAACAUCAUAAUAACAGCAGCAUUACAGGCACAGGCAGAUUCAAUACCAGCAUGGAUUUCUACACAUCAAGCAGCUUCUACUACAAGGUUACUCAAGUUCCAUACGAGGUGACACUCAACCAGAACUUGUAUGUCCAAGUGGGCCUGAGGAGGGGUGACAGCUCCCUGGUUCUCUUUCUUGACACCUGCGUGACCUCACCAUCACCCCAUGAUUUCCAGACCAGAUCUUACUACCUGGUCCGCAAUGGCUGUCCCGUGGACAACACCUACGGGAGCUACAUCACUGGCACCCACGCCUAUGCCCGUUUCACAUUUAAAGCCUUCCAGUUCUUGCGAGCCACAGAGUCGGUGUACAUCCAGUGCAAGGUCCUGAUAUGCCAAGCCUCUGACUACAAUUCCCGCUGCCGUCGUGGCUGCAACAAACGUGUGGCCAGAGACUUGGGGUCAGAACACGACAGUCAAACUUUGGUCCUGGGUCCCAUCAAACUCAAAGAACCUGAGAAAAAGGAAGAGACUCAUAAGCAGGACAAGGCUUAACUUGAUUCUGCAAUGAGCUGCUUCAAUCCUCUUAACUAAUCGUUACAGCUCAUUCUGUUCAUUGUGACACUAAAUUGUCUGCACCAUUUUCCUCUUGAUCACCUUCAUUACCUGAUUAAAAGCAUCAUCAAAAGACAA